CUAUAUGGAGGGAGCUUUCACAUAUCCUACAAGUAGACACCUGGAAACAACACAGCCUUGACUACAUUUAUUGUUUUUAUUAAUAAUUCCUGCUUAGGUCCGAGCCAGAAAAGAAGUUCACCUUGAAGGAUGUGACAGAGACGGGGAAGUCUGAAAGGAUAGCCCACUUUGAAAGAAAGUGAGGUCAGUUUUGGACAUGGUGAGUUUGCAAAGUUAACACCCUAAACCUGCCCUAGGGGAAACUGCAGUGACAGAAAGUAGAGUAUUUCUCCCUCCGCCCCCCACAUCCACCCUAGAGAAAGGAGAGGGCCGACUAGGAGCUCGGGUCUCCCGGGUCUUUAAGUCCCAAGGAGAAAUGAGAAAGAGCCCCCCAGGACUCUGCCCACCUGCACCCAAGAGACCUUCCAGGCCGAUUCCUCCCACCCCGGGCCGGUCCCUCCUUCCGCUCCUCUGGUCUCGCUGCUCCCCCUGGCGGCGACCGGUUGCCAUGUCAACCAAGGGAACCCGGGGGGCCGGCGGGGGGAGGGCAGCCCCCGCCCCCCGGCUCGGCCCCCGCUCACUCCGCGCCUCCUCCGUGCGCCUCUCGGCCGUUCUCCCCACUCGGAGCCCGAGGGGUUGGGGGAGCAGGCAGGAGAGGGCUCGGCUUGCUCGCUGUUCCCACGACGGCCAAGACUCUGGGGGCGCCCUCAGUGCCCCGGCCUAAGUGAAGUCUUUAAGGCCAAACAUCGACAGACUGGCAAGAAAGUGGCCCUGAAGAAAGUGUUGAUGGAAAACGAAAAGGAAGGGUUUCCCAUCACUGCCUUAAGGGAAAUCAAGAUUCUCCAGCUUCUCAAACACGAGAAUGUAGUCAACCUAAUUGAGAUCUGUAGGACCAAAGCCUCUCCCUACAACCGCUGCAAAGGCAGCAUCUACCUGGUGUUUGAUUUCUGUGAACAUGACCUUGCUGGGCUUCUGAGCAAUGCCCAUGUCAAGUUCACACUGUCGGAGAUCAAGAAGGUGAUGCAAAUGCUGCUCAAUGGUCUCUACUACAUUCAUCGGAACAAGAUUUUACAUCGAGAUAUGAAAGCUGCUAAUGUGCUCAUCACUCGGGAUGGGGUUCUGAAGUUGGCUGACUUUGGUUUGGCCAGGGCUUUCAGUCUGGCCAAGAAUAGCCAGCCAAACCGCUACACUAACAGAGUGGUGACUCUCUGGUACCGACCGCCAGAACUGCUACUUGGAGAGCGUGACUAUGGUCCCCCAAUAGACCUUUGGGGUGGAGGCUGCAUCAUGGCAGAGAUGUGGACCCGUAGCCCUAUUAUGCAGGGUAACACAGAACAACACCAACUGACCCUCAUCAGUCAGCUCUGUGGCUCCAUCACUCCAGAGGUGUGGCCUAAUGUGGAUAAAUAUGAGCUGUAUGAGAAACUGGACCUGCCUAAAGGACAGAAACGGAAGGUCAAAGAGCGGCUCAAAGCCUAUGUCAAGGACCCUUAUGCACUGGAUCUGAUUGACAAACUGCUGGUGCUGGACCCCACCCAGCGUAUUGACAGUGAUGAUGCUCUCAACCAUGACUUUUUCUGGUCAGACCCUAUGCCCUCGGACCUCAAGAACAUGCUCUCCACUCACAGUACUUCCAUGUUUGAAUAUUUGGCUCCACCUCGACGGAGAGGUGGUGGGCACAUGCCCCAACAGCCAGCCAAUCAGAGCCGCAACCCAGCAGCCACUAAUCAGACAGAGUUUGACCGAGUAUUCUAAGGUCAUACACAAGAUUGGUCUUUGUGUUUUUGUUGUUUUUGUUUUUAUAUAUAUGUGUAUGUACAUAUAUAUAUGUGUACAUAUAUAUGUAUAUAUACAUGUGACUUAUGUUGCUGAGAUCAUGGGGCAUUUUUAAUUGUUUCCCAUUGCACAUAUAUAUAUAUAUUUUUUUAAACUUUUGCUCUGGUAUCAAGGAUCCCAGCUAGCAUUUAGCCUAGACUGGCAAGCUAGGUGGUAAGGAUGGAGCUCAGACUGAUGGAAGGACAUUGCAACAUCUGUCUACUCCAUCCCCAGGACCCACAUUUAUGGAUGACACCUGGCACUGUCUUCCCUUCUAGAAGAGAUUUCCUAUUUUUAGGGGAGCAAGCACAAAGCAUCUUCAGACCAUUCUAUUUCUGGGUCAUCCUAGAAAUUCUAUAGGUUUCUCUUCCUUCCUCUAUUAACCAGAGGAUUAGAUUAUUUUGGAUAGCCCUGGAGCCUCUGGUAUUACAAAAAUCCCUGGAAGCUUCUCUGGGUCUUGCCUUUGGAAAGAGUUCUUAUCGACUGAUGGGAAGAUCACCAACCCUCUUUGAAUCCCAUGGUUCUCUCAACACCUCUCAUUGUACAUUCUGAGACAAUACCCUUCCAUGGAGUGAGCCCCUGGGAAUCCAAGAGGAUCAGUUGGGUCUGGUCCCUCCUUGAUCCCAUUGCAGCAGCUUGGAGGGCAGAAGAACAAUUUUGGUUUUCUUUUUAGAAAAAUUGUAUCAUGUUAACCUCUUUGAUUUUUGCUUGACAACACUGGUUAUAAUUAAAAGUUGACUUUUCCUA